AUGAACACAUCGACUGGUACUUCGUUGUCAGUAUUUAACAGUGACGGUGAAAAAUUCAUAAUACAGAGACCUCCACGACAACGAAGACGAUCCAACAGCUCAAACGACAUACUGGCGCACGCAAGUGUUAAAGCCGUAAGAUCUCCCAGGAGAGAUGCUUCGUAUAAUAAUAUACCACGUCCUCCUAGGUUAGCUUAUGAUACUUCUUCACAAGCUUACGCUCCAAUAAUGCCGAGAACACCUCCUCCAUCUCGGCAGGUGUAUAUUAGAGCUGACUAUGGUCCACCACAAGCUCAUUCACCAUAUAAGAACGAAAUAAAUACAGCUUAUAGAAGUGGUAGUUCUCCUUCGAGAGGAUCAAGAACGACAAGUUUUGGAAGUAAUACAAGCGGCAGCAGUCGUAUGAGUGCAGGUAGUCAGCAGGUACCCUCGUCUUUGUCGGCUUUUUAUAGUGAACGUAUAGAAAAAACGACAAGUUUUGAUGAUGAGGAAGAUAGUGCGGGCGAGGAGACAAUGUCAUGUAAUUCACCAAUUUUUGAUGAAUAUGAUGAUUCUUUUACUGUCGAUUCAAGUCUUGUGCAAGAAGUUUUCUUAUUACGCAAGGAAAUCGACGCAGUUAAAAAUAGUCUGGCAGGUUUACAAAAAGAUCGUGUGGACACGUUGAACGAGAAAAAACAACUCGAACAACAAUAUCAGGAAGCCAAAAAUGAAGUUACAAGAACUUUAGAAUCAAGUACAAAUGAUUUAUUAUCUUAUAAUGAAUUAUUAAAUUCAAAAGUUCAAGAACUUUCUUUAGAAUUAUCUUUUGGUAAUUCGGACACUACUUCUGAUGAUAAUUAUCAUGAAUUAGCUCCAGAAUAUGAAAAUAUAAUGAAUGAUUGCGUAAAUUUAGCAAAAGCAUUAGAAUUAUCUCAAACUCAGCUUGAGAAAAGUAAACGUGACUUUCGUGAUCUUUUAUCCGUUAAAGAAGAAAUUGAAAUAAGUUUUGAAGCUCAAGAACGUGAAUAUUGUGAACGAAUACGGCAGUUUGAAGCCGUAAUAAGUGGUCAAUCUGUUAUGAUUGAUCAAAUGGAAAAUCAUCAAUCACGACAAUCAUUAACAUCAAGUUUUUUGGCACAUCAAAGACAACAAUCUGGUAUAAGUUCUAUAACACCACGCGAUCAUCAGCGUAGCCAUUCGAAAAGUCAUCCGAAGAGUCAUUCAAAGAGUCAUUCAAAAAGUCAUUCGAAACAGAAACAAAGUAUAAGUGGAUCAACGACUAUUACUGCCACCGGUUCGGCUGGUUCAACUGGUUCAGAUAGUCAAAAUGGAGGAAGACGAAAAUCAAUAAAUAAUAUGGAACAUUGUCAAUCCUCCGAAUUAGUACCAUCAUAUUGUUUAUCACCACCUCAGACCCGCAUACGAUCAUAUGCAAAUCCAGCAUUGCUAUUUACAGAUGAAGAACGAGUUCGACAUCAUAAACGAUUCAGCCUGGCAAAACGAUGGGUUGAAGAUGACGAAGUAUCAGAAUGUCAACAAGCAGGUUGUAUGAUCAAGUUUAAUUGGUGGAAUCGAAGGCAUCAUUGCCGGAGCACGCAUAGUGCCUUCUCGAUGUUACUAUUUCCAGAUGGUAGUGAAGAUUGGGGUGGCGUAUGGUCAAGAUCUGACAUCGUGCCAAAUUCUGCGUCAAGGAAAAAAACUCUCACAUCCGUUUUUAAAACAGUAAUAUGGCAAAAAAGAAGUUUAGAAUUCAUUGUCCUGCAGGAAAAUUUCGCUUAUUUUUGA